AUGAGUCUUUCUCAGGAAAACGAUACCAAUGUAAAGCAUGAAAAGUUUCUCUUUGAUUGCGACCAUAUACUUGCGUUUUGCAAUAUUUUCGGCAAAUCUGAUUUGGAAGAUCAAACUGAUUCUGUAUUAGAAACAAAAUUGGAAGAUCUUGAUAAAAGAUGGCUAAAAUUGCAAAAUUCAUACGAAUCUCUAAUGAUUUGCCCAAGAUCUGAGAAUAAUAAAGAAUACAAAGAAAACGCUAAGAUAAACUUCAAUGCUUGCUCUGAUACAUUUUACACAUGUAGAUCACACAUUAUGGAUCUACUGAAGCUCUCAAGAGCAUGUGAAGUUCAAACUUCAAGGGCUCGAUCUAGUAGUCUACCUCAAACAAAUCCCAUAGGAACAAGAACAUCAUUCAUUAAGCUCCCUCCUUGUGAAAUAGACACUUUUACAGGUAGCUACGAAGAAUGGCCCUCUUUCCGUGAUCUUUUCACUACCGCAUGUAUUGAGAAUAAUGAAAUUCCAAAGGCCCAAAAGCUAUUUUACUUGAGAGUAAAAACAAGUGGUAGCGCUGGAGCAAUUGUCAAACGAUACACAUUAUGCGAUGAAAAUUUUGAUCAUGCAUGGAAUGCACUAAAGUCCCGAUAUGACAAUAAGCGCGUUUUAGUAGACAAUAAACUAAAAGUUCUCUUUAAUAUCCCUGUCGCAACUUCAGAAAACAGCGAAUCUAUCCAAAAAAUUCAUUCGACAGUCACUGAUUGUUUAACUUCCCUAAAAGCACUUAACGUGAAAGUAGAAGGAUGGGACCCAAUCCUCAUUUAUUUAGUCUCAACUAAAUUGCCCGACGACACUCUAGCCCUCUGGGAACAAUCUUUCAAAUCUCAACGUGAAAUGCCAACAUGGUCGCAAAUGGAUGAAUUCCUCGUAAACAGAUUCGAAGUGGUUGAGAGGAUAUCAUCCAUAAAAACCACAAAAGAACGAUUCAGUCUCCCAACCUUUUCUCAUUCUAAAAUACAGUCAUAUUCUUCUCAAGAAAAACUUAAUCAGUCAUGCAAACUCUGCAAUGGAGACCAUCACUUGAGAUCUUGUGGAAAAUUCAGAAAAUACACAGUGCAACAAAGAAUUGAUUUCGUUUUUCAAAAUAAGAUUUGCAACAAUUGUCUCGCCUCAGGUCAUACAAAAUCUAAAUGUUCAAGCAAAAAUACUUGUUUUAUUUGCAAAUCUGACCACCAUACUCUACUUCAUUUACAAAAAUCUCCAAACUCGCCCAAAUACACACAAAAUAAUGAAAACAGUAAAGAUACAAGAAACUUAUCAAACAAAAGUAACAAUUCUCCUAACAACCAGAAAAUUGAACAUAGCGAUGACACUCCCUCAACAUCGGCAAAUUGUCAAGUUCAAGCUAAUUUCUCAUCUAAUAACGUCAACAUUUUACUUCGUACAGCUCUAGUACAAAUAGAACACAUUGGGGAAUUGUUCACAGUCAGAGCACUAAUAGACCCAGGUUCCCAAAGAACAUUCAUAUCUGAAAGAAUUAGAUCUCUCCUCAAAUUACCCUAUCAGAAAGCUCAAGUAGAAGUUGUUGGAAUCGGAGGUCAAGUUCAAUCAGCAAAUAAAGAAUGUAAUAUUACUUUAUUUGCUAAACGUUGCAAUUUAAAAUUCACGUUGAAUGCGAUCGUACUACCAAAACUGACCAAAAGAAUUCCCGCAAUUUCUUUUGACCUUCCUAAUUCUUCUCAACUCUCUAGUCUCGAUCUAGCAGAUCCCAAUUUCAACUGCUCUUCUCAAAUCGAUCUAAUUAUCGGAAAUGACUCAGAACACUUCAUUAACAUUGAAGGUAUUAAAAAAAAUAUCUGUGGACAAGCAUCGGCUUAUAAUACGAUAUUUGGCUGGGUUUUAAGCGGUCCAAUUGAGACUAACACUGUACAAACGUUUACCACAACUGUCACUCCUUCUGAAAACUCUGCUCUAAAUAAUACAUUGAGACAAUUUUGGGAACAAGAAGAGUUGCCCCUUAAGCCAGUUAUUUCAGAAGAAGAUCAAUAUUGCGAAACAUUUUAUAAGCAAACGACAACUAGAGACUCUGAUGGAAGGUAUGUUGUAAGACUUCCGUUAAAAAAGGAAUUUCCCCAUUCAAAAUUUCUCGGCCCUUCACGAAUUUUAGCUCUAGUCCAAUAUUCACGUAUAAACCAAUCUUUGUCUAAAACUCCAGAACUACAAAACGAAUAUUAUAAUGUACUUGAAGAAUAUUUAACUCUUAAUCACAUGGAACCAGUUUCCUAUCGUGAAAUUGUAUCAGAUGGCAAAUAUUUCUCAUUUUAUCUUCCCCAUCACGCAGUAGUUCGCCCUGAACACAAAACCACUAAAGUAAGAGUAGUGUUUAAUGCAUCUCGAAGCACAAAAUCAGGUUUUUCACUUAAUGACAUAUUAUACACUGGUCCCACAUUGCAAACUGAAUUGAUAACUGUAAUUCUCAACUGGCGAAUAUACAAAUAUGUCUUUAGCGGCGACAUACAAAAAAUGUAUCGUCAAAUUUUAGUUCACCCAGACGAUAGACCUCUUCAGCGGAUAAUAUAUCAACAAAAUCCCACUAGCCCAAUUAAAGAUUAUCAACUCAAGACCGUUACAUUUGGUGUCAACUGUGCACCCUUUCUCGCAAUACGCACUCUGCACCAACUUGCUGAUGACUGUCAAGAAAAAUACCCUAAAGCUGCUCAAAUUUUACGCCAAGAGACAUAUGUAGACGACAUAUUGUCUGGUGGGCACACAGUUGAAGAAGCAAAAGAUUCACAGUCUCAGAUCCUGGACACUCUUAAGUCCGCUGGAUUUAUUCUAAAGAAAAUCACCGCAAAUGAUACCCAAUUACUGGCUCAAAUACCAACUGAAGAUCUCUAUGACUCCAAUUUAUUACGAUUUCACGAAACAAGCGCUACAAAAACUCUAGGAAUAAAAUGGAAUGCUCUAACUGAUGAAUUUACCUACUCAUUCUCACCAAUUCCCCAAGCCGAAAGUAUCACUAAGCGUAAAAUGUUGUCAGGUAUAGCCUCAAUUUUCGAUCCUGCAGGUUGGAUAACUCCUAUUGUUGUUAGAGCUAAAAUGCUAAUGCAGCAAUUAUGGCUAGAAGGUAAGCAGUGGGACGAUAAAGUCAGCUCCGAAAUUUUAGAUAAGUGGAAUAAACUGCUUACAGAUCUCUCUCACAUUGACAAGAUAAAAAUGCCAAGAUGGCUCCAAUACUACCCCAAGGAUAACAUUCAGAUUCACGGCUUCUCAGAUGCUUCCAAAGGAGCAUAUUGUGCAACAGUUUACCUACGUUGUCAAAGUAAAUCUCAAGUCGUAUUCUCUAACCUUAUAAUAGCAAAAAGCAAAGUAGCUCCUCUACAGCCAGUUUGUUUACCUAGAUUAGAACUCUGUGGUGCUGUACUCUUAGCUACAUUAGCUAAAUAUGUCAUAGACUCCUUAAAAUUACCUCAAUGUGAAAUCUACCUGUGGACAGACUCAUCAAUUGUCAUUGGAUGGCUUUCUAAACCUCCCUGGACAUGGGAAACAUAUGUGGCUAAUCGAACAGCACAAAUUCAUAACGCUCUACCCAAUGCAACCUGGGGUCAUGUUCGCACUCAUGAUAAUCCUGCAGAUCUCGGUACUCGUGGAUGUAAACCCCAAGAACUUUCGAACAAUAUGCUAUGGUGGCAAGGACCACCUUGGCUAUCAAAACCACAAUCGGAAUGGCCAAAAAACAAUCAAUUGCAGACCCAAAAAAUUGAACAAAAAGUCCAAUGUUUACAAACAUCUAUUAAUGAAACUGAUAUUUUAAAUAGAUUCUCAUCAUACCACAAAGCUCUAAGAGUGUUAUCUUACGUAUUUCGGUUUUAUCAUAACAGCAUUACAAAAUUUAGAUCUCAGUUUACUCAUACACAGAAAUGUCUUACUCAAAAGGAGGUUAACUUCGUAAAACUGCGACUAAUAGCGUUAGCUCAGAAAUCUCACUAUCAGGCAGAAUUUAAAGAUAUCUCAAAUUCUCUGCCAAUCUCUAACCGAAGCUCAUUAAAAUCGCUUAACCCAAUUUUGGACACAGAUAAUAUUCUGCGAGCAAACGGACGUCUUGUAAAUGCAUCACUACCAUAUAACGAACGCUGCCCAAUAAUAUUGCCAGGUAAUUCUCUAUUUUGUCAACUUUACUUGGAACAUUUGCAUUUGUUUCUAGCUCAUGCUGAAUAUAAUCAAAUAUCUAGAAUGGUCCAAACAGAAUUUUAUAUAUCCCGACUAAAGCCUCGUAUUAAAAAGAUAAUACGUCAUUGUAAGACAUGUAUAAUAUAUAAACAAAAGCCAUGUACUCAAAUAAUGUCACCCUUACCACCCGACAGAUGCAAACUCUCAGCUCCAUUUCAAAUAACUGGCAUAGACUUCGCCGGCCCAUUUGAAUUAAAAGGCUCAACUCUUAGAAACGCACCUAUAAUAAAAGGCUAUGUGUGCGUAUUUGUGUGCUUUAGCACAAAGGCAAUUCAUCUGGAAGUAUGUUCAAACUUGUCAACAGCAGCUUUUCGUGCAGCAUUUUCUCGUUUCGUUGGGAGGCGGGGACUCCCUUUCAGGAUAUAUUCUGACAAUGGUCGUAAUUUCGUUGGAGCCAGUCGACAACUGAAACGUGAAUUUGAUUCCUUUAUAAAAUCUACCUCAACAGAUAUUGCAGAAAAAUAUGUUACACAUGGUCUCGAAUGGAUAUUUAUUCCUCCUCACGCUCCUCAUAUGGGUGGUUUAUGGGAAGCCGCCGUAAAAAGUUUUAAGUUUCAUUUAAAACGAGUUGCCGGUUCUCACAAAUUCAAUUUCGAAGAAUUCUCUACUAUUUUAACUCAAAUAGAAGGAAUCUUAAAUUCACGUCCCAUUUCGGCCAUGUCAGACGACCCAGCAGACUUUAAAGCCCUAACUCCAGGACACUUUUUAAGAGGCGCACCCAUUAUGAGUUUCCCUGAAAACUAUGAACACAAAAUUGGACUCAUUAAUCGUUGGGAAAGACUUAAAGCGAUCCAUCAACAGAUGGCUAUUAGAUGGAAAGAAGAUUAUUUGAAGUCGCUCCACAAAAGAUAUAAAUGGAAAAAUGUCUCAACAAAUUUGAAAUCAGGUGAUCUCGUAGUCAUCAUGGAUGAUUUGUUACCUCCAUCCGAAUGGAGAUUGGGCAGAAUCGAAACAACUCACAUUGGUUCAGAUGAUAACGUUCGUGUAGCGGAUGUUAGAACAGCAACAGGUUUAAUAAAACGACCAAUUGUUAAGCUUUGCUAUUUACCUCUUGUUAAUGAUCAAUUAUCUUGA